AUGCGCGCCUCUACGGGAGGGUCAGCCGCGCGGAUGGCGGCUGAUCUCGACGAGAUGGACGAGAAGCUGCGCCGCCUCGGCCUGGACGUGGAUCCCCCCAUCACAACACCGCCGUCCUUCGCCCCCUCGGCAGCACACAACAACGCGGACUAUAUUCGCUCUAUCCGCGCAGCCAAGGAGGAGAAACGACAAGCACGCCUGGACAGGUUGGCUCGGCUGGCGACCACUGCAGAGAAGCAGCAGUCAUUGAGCUGUGCUCCUGCAUCAUUAACAGCUGGUGCUGUCGCGAACACCUCACGCGCUGAUCAUGCGACUGCAGACGACAAGGCAUUGCUCGUGGGUGACGUUGUCGAUGCCGCCUUGCGAGCGAGUGAGAAGAGCAAGAGCGACCGCGCGCAGCAACUCCGAGCGGAGCGCACGUUGAAGGCUGCUGCGGACCACCGACAGUGCUGCACGAAGGAACACAACCAGCUGCUCUCCGCGUCACCGUCAAGCAGCAUGGUGGCACUCUCACUGGUGCUCACCGCGCCGGAGCGGCGGGAGCGCAAGCGUCAAGAGGCAGCAGUAUGGUGUGCAGGGGUGGCGCGAGGGCUGGUGGAGUUGGCCAUGGAGGUGUCCGACAAUCGACACCUGCCUGCCACUGGGUUUGGCGGGAGGCCUGUAUAUCGGCUGCACCAAGACCUGGCCGUUACGCAGUGGAGGCAGUGGGUAGAACAAUUGGUCUUUCCUACGUCGUUGCCAACCGCCGCAGCGGAGAGCACGCGGCGCGGCGAUGACGGGGCUGCCGACAUCGACAGCGAAGUCGCUGACUUCUCAGCCUCGAAGAGUGCAGAGGUGCAGCAGCAGCUUUCACAGCAGGCGCUCAGCGCUAACCUGCACCUCGAAGCGGCGAAGUGCAUCGCAUCGGCAACUGAGGCCGACACGCAGGAGGCUGUGCGAGCGCAAGCGGAGUCCGUGGCGUGUGUCCUGGCGAAGCUGCAGGCAGAAGUGGCGCGCCAGCGCAAGGCCGCCGAGGAGGUUGUGCGGCUGUCCGCUGACGAGGCCAACCACCCCACUCUAAUGGCCGCCCAGGGUAAUGCGGAUGUCUCUGGCACUCCUUGCCGCGCGGAACUACUGCCAGGGUGGGCACAACGGAUGCCGCCGGCAGCGUGCUUCGUCUAUGGCGACGACCUCAGCGGGGCCCGGCUGCUGGCUGACACGAUUGACAUGUGCGUGCAGCGCAAAUUGCACCACCAGCAGCAGCCCCCUUCAUCACAGUCGCCGCAUCGCCGGCUCACCUCAUUGCGCCAAUACUCGCCUGUGACUGGAGAAGGCUCUGAAGCCACCGCGGCAGAUGUUUCCUCCACCGUGUCCUCCGCCGCCGCAUCGCCAGAGGACCUCCUCUCCCUCUUUGCCGUGAGUGAAAUCGGUGUCGAGGGCAGCGACCCCGCGUUGGCCGAGGGGGGCGCGGUAGCCACGUACGUCACCCCGCGUACGCUGCUCAGCAACGGUGCGCUGAGUUCCGUGGGCGGCGACGCAAAGCGAAGCGGCUCCGCAGGGCGUUCGCAGCGGGCGCAACUGCACUCUUCGGCUGGCAGCAGCAACCCUGCUCUCGGUAGUGGCGCAUCUCAGGGGGUUGCCCCCACCAUCGGUCCGGGAACCAGCAGCGGCGCCGCAUCCCGCGCCGGUCAGCGGGUUACUGCGUCGUCCCCGGAGGGCAGGCGCGAAAACGAGCAGCUGAUCGACGCCGUCGUACGGGAAGUCGUGCGAGUGCAUCGCCACAACUUGGGAGUUCUGGCUGGUGAUCUCAUGCCGUCGUGGGCGCCGAAGCCACCGGUAACUGCCACCGCUACCGGCUCGAUCGCCACAGAAGAGGAAAGCAAGCAGCCCAGCUUCGCCCCGUUGGCGUCUGCGCCCCUUCGCACGCUUUUUCUCGUUGGUUUCCCUGAGACCGCUUCCUUCACCGAGGUGCUAGCGUGGCGUCUGAGGCAGGCAACGGCGACAGCGGAGACGGAGCUAAUUGAAAUAGAGGGUCGUCGGCGAGCCGCCGAGCAGCAGGCAGCGGCCGCCACCGCAGCGGCGGCCGAGUCGAGCAAGCAGCGCUUGUCUCCGUCUGCAAAGGGGACAAAAGGGGGGUCGCCUGGGCCGGCACGCUCCAGAGGCAACCGACCUGCCAAGACUGUGGCAGGCGCGGAGGAGCAGGCUGUGUCGGCCAUGGUGGAAGAGCUACAAGCCGCGAUUGCGAUGCCGCCUCUUAGUGUCCUGGCAACCUUCCUUGUCUACGAUCUGCCGACACGCCAGCGGCGGCUCAAGGCGGCAUCGUUUGCAACAGACCCAGCGGCGGCGCAGCGGUCCAGCGGCGACGAUUGUGAGGAUGACCUCAGCAACCUCUCGGCUGUCGUCGGCGGCGUGCUGUUGCGCUCUGUGGGACAAGAAUACACCCAUCCCGUGUACAACCCAUCCGCGGAAGACAUUCAGAGCUGCGGACCUCCGUCGAUGGUCAAAGAGCUUUCACCGGCGCGGCCCACUAGCUUCCGUCAGGGCGGCCUCUCGGGUGCACUCCCCUCACCGUCGCUCCCCGGUGCCGCGUCCACCGUGACGGCGACGCCAUCUCUCUGUAUGCACACCUGGAGCGUGGAGCGGCUGCGCAUCGAGCUCAAACAGCAGCACGCACAGCAGCAGCGCCAGCGCAAGGACUGGGCGGCGGCUGUGGUGGUUCGCAAGGACCGUGGAAGUGUUGAUAAUCUCACCGGGGUGCUACUCAGUUCCACGGCUUCGUUCCGCCACUCUGCGAAACGCCGCGACAAGCCAACGGCGAGUGUGAACACCAACGUUGCCACGGACCUGGACCGUGCAAACGCCCUCCAACGGCGCGCAAGCAUGUCAGCCAUGUCUCGGGUCGCUGAGCCCUCAGCGGCGACAGCCGUCAAAAUGCUUGAGGACAAGGGGCUCCCGCGUGCGCUCUUCUUUGUGCACAUACAGGAUGUGAGCGACUCCACGACGCUGUCGACCAGCUCCGGCGACUGCCAACUGGACCCCACAAGCCUGGGCACGGCGAUCUGGCGCGCCGCCGCCACCUGGCAGCCCCACGUGAACGAUCCACAGCAGGAGUGCGCUGAGGCACGUGCGCGGACUGUUAAUGAGCUGAUAACGCAGCUACGGCUUCUCUGUCGGCCUGCUGCUGGCCGUGUACUCACAAAUGAAUCCCUGGCACCGCGACAGCUGGCAGAACCCUUCCGUCUGGGGGACUACCGCCUGACGGAGGCGACCUGCGUCUGCCUGAAGAAGACAAAUAAGGCCUUCCUGGGUACUCUGCCCGCCUCACCGGCACUAGAACCCUUUGGGCAGAGCGGGGCACUCUCAGGCGGGGCCGUAGGCGCUGCCGCUAGGGACGCACUCAUGGCGGAAGCGGAGGUGUGGGCUGCCGUCCUGCAGUACUCGGAGCAGCUGUACCGCCUUGUUGCGGAAGAGGUAUUUAUGGACGGAGUUGCGCACCCGGUGCGCCCUGCCGCACCACCAGCUGCAGCGAUGCUCAGUACCACGGCCUGGUUCACCAGUAUCGAUCAGAGCUACACACGGGCAAAGGAGGCGAUUGCAGCGUACACGGCUUACACCAUCGCCUCUCUCGAGGACUGUCUCGCUCUUCUGCUUCGGUUCUCGGUGGACGUGUGUCUUGGCCAGCUCGCGGCGUCGGUGCGCCUACUCUGCGACAGCAUCGAACGCCACCAUCGGAUAGAGACGCCCGCACUCUUUGACCCCUUCACCUCUGCAUUUGUGGACAGCGGGGAGAACAUUGGAGAAGAACUACUCAGGGUCGUACCACGUCUCUCCGCCGAGGUGGCACGGGCCCUGAUCGACUCCAUGAACCGCGUGGACGCAAGAAGUGCGAGCUCCAUGCUCUCCGCCAAGCUAGGGGAGGUGUACUGGCCGCAGGUGACAGCCGUCACAGCGGAGGUGGCGGUACGGCAUUUCGCAAGUCGCUCUCUGCACAACCUCGCCGGCGUUGCCUCCUCAGCCACGAACGCACCGCAGGUACUGCAGCAGGUGCCGCUCGUCCCAGACGAGAGCGAAUCCGCUGGGGGCAGCAACACAGGUGCGGCGAAGGAUGCGGUGGCCCUUAAAUCGGAAGCCAAGAUUAUGGCGGAGGAGCACAUUCCAUCAGUCGUGCAGCUCCUCCUCGAGCACGCUAUCAACGCACCGGCGCCCCUCGCACGCGUCACGGUUCUUUUGCAGAAGCCACAGCAGAUGGUGCGUGCCACGCGCGACGGUGCUGAGGCUUGGUUGGAGCUACUGUACCACGAGGUCCUUGGCCUGCAUCCAGCGGCGCCAGUAUCAACUGUGCCACGCACGCGACGACCGCGCAGCCUCGACGAACUCGCCGACGGCCCUCAGAUCGUAUUAGGCGCUGACAAUCACGACGCCACAAAUCUGCCGCGGCCGAGCCCGUGGCGAUGCGGCCAGCUGGAUCUGCUACUGAACUCUGUUCGCCCCGCCAAACCAAAUAUCAUGAUUCCUGUGGAGACCUUCGAGCGUGGCCUCCUUGUGUAUCAGCUGCAACGGCUCUGGCGCUUCCUCCCCGACGUAUCUGCCGAUCUGGCGGCGAAGGCGAAGUAUUUGAUAGGUGUUCACGAGGCAAAAACCCCGGCGCCAGCAGCGCUGCUGGCCCGACCAGCGACUUCCUCAGCAUCUUCAGGGCCUCCUGCGCUGCCCGACCCCUCGCUCGAUGCGUACCUGCUGACUAGCUGCCCCUGCCGCCCCUCUGCAGAGCAGCACUUUCCAUUUCUCACCACAGCAGACGUGAAGCAACUGUCUGCAGCGGCGGUGGCCGAGGCAGCCACCACAGCAGCGGCGGCCAAACCGGUGGUGAUGGUUGACGUGGAGCUCUGGCUGCAAAACCUCGCGCUUCAGCGCUGCUGUUUUUGUGCAAACUUCUGCGCCCCAACCACUCGUGUCGGUAGUAGGCAACCCGAGCGUGGGUCAAUGCAGACUCCUCAGUGCGUGCGAGUGUGCACUGCGAUGCCGAGCUCCGGCGCCGUGCGGCGCACCAUAGCCACUCUGCCUGCUUGCGUGCUGGCACAGCACGCCACCUUCUGCACGACAGCGACGCCGCCUUUGCCGUCUCUCGUCACGACUCCGCGUUCCUCGCCGAGCGAGAUGCCGGCGGCGUGGGCGCUCGUAGAGUGGUGGUGGCGCGGGUGGUGCGGUGAUAACUUGUGGAGUCAGUCCGAGGACAUGCAGCGUUGCUAUGCGCUGUGGCGAAUCUUGCUGGGACACAUUCUGCCAAACCCACCCGCGUCUCCUGACGCUGCGGCGUCAACACCACCAGAAAUGGUCCCUCUCUUGUCCUCCUUGAUGCGCCUCCUUGUGGGUAUCGGUAAGCGUGCCGACGCUACGGAGGAGCGAGUGCGGCGAGCAUUCCAUUGCCUUGCAGCUCUGCGGCGAGUGCGUGAAGGUGAGUUGGACACCCGCAUCGCCACGGCGGAGGGGGACGUCAAUGCUGAUGCGACAAUUUUCAUCGAAGAUGAAAUGACCCUCACAAUCGAUGAAUGUGCUGCAUUGGGCCGGCUAUUAAGUCCGACAGUUUACGCUGUCGGCAGCAAUGCCCCUGCACCGACAGCAGCGGGGUUUGCAGCGGUGGCAAAGACAUCUGAGAGAGAAAUCGGCGAGCACGAGUUUAUGACGGAUGUGCAGCUGCUCCUGCAGGUGGAGUGCACGAAGGGUGUAACUCUACCGCUGCUUCUCUCCUCGCGAUGGGCCAGCCUCCUGAUGAAGGAACACUUUUAG